AUGACAUCGGGAAAGACCAGUCUAGAGGUCCCUAGACCAGAAUCAGGGUUCCACACCUCUGUUGCAUCGACAGUUGCUGGUGAUGACUAUCUGCACGAGAAAGCACAUGACACUACGGACACUGAAGUCGAAAAACAACCAGAAGACGAGGUGUCUUCCAAGGCAGACGAUGCUCCCGAAACCGAAUAUCCCAAAGGCAUGAAGAUGUUCUUCAUUGUCCUUGCCCUCGUCCUCUCCAUCUUUCUCCUUGCGCUUGACAUGACUAUUGUUGCCACAGCGAUUCCCAAAAUCACCGCCGAAUUUCAAGGCCUGGAUAAGGUUGGUUGGUACGGAGCUGCGUUCUUCAUGACUGUUGGCGCUUUUCAAUCAACGUGGGGCAAAAUUUACAAGUUCUUCCCUCUCAAGAUCUCAUUCCUAAUUGCAAUCCUCAUCUUUGAAGUCGGAUCAGCCGUUUGCGGCGCUGCUCCGAACUCGGAAGCCUUGAUUGUCGGCCGUGCUAUUGCUGGCCUGGGAGCUGCCGGCCUUGGCGCCGGAGCAUACACCAUUAUCGCCUUUGCUGCUCCCCCAAAGAACCGCCCAGCUUUCACUGGUAUCCUCGGAGCUUCUUAUGGUCUGGCUAGCGUCAUUGGGCCUCUUCUAGGCGGAGCCUUCACCGACCAUGUUAGCUGGCGAUGGUGCUUUUACAUUAACCUGCCCAUCGGUGCCGUCUCGGCAGCCAUCAUCUUCUUCUUCUUCCAGACCCCCCCCGCGGCCAAGCCCGAGGAAGCUCCCCUAGUAGAAAAGAUCCGCCAGAUGGAUCCCCUGGGCAUUGUGCUCAUGAUGGGUGCGACUGUUGUCUACAUCCUGGCUGUUCAGUACGGCGGCAUCGCCCAUCCCUGGAACUCCUCCAUCGUCAUUGGUCUUCUUGUCGGGUUUGUUCUAAUCAUUGCUGCAUGGGCUGUUCUUCAAUGGUCGCAAGGCGAGCGCUCCAUGAUCUCUCCCCGCAUUGCUUCCGAUCGCACAAACAUCAUCAUGAGCGCCUUUGCCUUUAUCUUUGCUGGAGGCUUCUUUGCUGCCAUUUACUAUAUCCCCGUCUACUUCCAGUCUGUCCACAACGCAUCGCCUACUAUGAGUGGCGUCGAUAACCUCCCGCUAAUCAUCUCCGUUACAAUCGCCACAAUUGCCAGCGGCAUCAUCAUUUCAGCCAUUGGCUGGUACCAGCCUAUCCUCAUUGCUGGUGCCAUCCUAGCCACUAUUGGCUCUGGUCUCCUAUUCAUGCUCGAUAAGAACACAUCGACUGGCAAGUGGAUUGGAUAUCAGAUUAUUGCAGGCUUUGGAUGGGGCCUGUCGUUCCAGAUUCCCAUGAUUGUCGUACAGGGCUCAGUUGUUCCCGAAGAUCUUGCUUCGGCGACUGGCAUGCUCAUGUUCUUCCAGGGACUCGGCGGUGCCUUUCUGGUAUCCGGUGCACAGUCGGCCUUUCUCAAUCAGAUGGUCAACUAUGUGACUUCGCAUGCCCCCGAUGUCAGUAAGGCCACUCUCAUCCUUACUGGUGCCACUGCUAUCCGUACAUCAUUCCCUGUCGAGCAGCAAGGCGUUGUUAUUGACGGCUACAUGGAGGGCCUCCAUGCUGCAUUUGCCUUGUGCAUUGCUGCAUCCGGCUUUGCAACUCUGGUUGCUUUCGGAGUUCGCUGGAAGAAGCUCUAUCCGGAAAACAUGGCCGCUGGCGGCAUGGCAUAA